AUGGAGUACUUCGGACAGAUUUCUAUUGGGAGCCCUCCUCAGAAUUUCACCGUGGUGUUCGACACAGGCUCCUCCAACCUCUGGGUCCCUUCCAUCUACUGUGUCAGCCCAGCCUGCGGUAAGCAUGCCAGGUUUCACCCCUCCAAUUCCAGCACGUACAACGAAGUGGGGACUCCCUUCUCAAUUCAGUAUGGGACUGGCAGCUUGACGGGAAUCGUCGGGUCUGAUCAAGUAACCGUUGAAGGCAUCACUGUAGUCAAUCAGCAGUUCGCAGAGAGCGUCAGUGAGCCAGGCAACGCCUUUGCGGAUGCUGAGUUUGAUGGGAUUCUUGGGUUGGCCUAUCCAUCACUGGCUGUGGAUGGGGUGACCCCCGUGUUUGACAACAUGAUGGCACAAAACCUGGUGGAGAUGCCUAUAUUCUCAGUCUACAUGAGCAGGAACCCUGAGUCCUCUGCAGGAGGAGAGCUGCUAUUCGGCGGCUUUGAUCCUUCCCAUUUCAGUGGGACUCUGAGCUGGGUGCCAGUCACAAAACAAGGAUACUGGCAGAUCCAACUGGACAACAUCCAGGUGUCCGGCUCAGUUGCAUUUUGUGCAGAAGGAUGCCAGGCUAUCGUGGACACCGGGACCUCUCUCAUCACAGGGCCUCCCAGUGACAUAAAACAAAUACAAAAUGCCAUUGGUGCUACACCUGUGGAUGGAGAAUAUGCUGUGGAGUGCAACAACCUAAACAUAAUGCCUGAGGUCACCUUCACCAUCAAUGGGAUCCCUUACACACUCAGCGCCCAGGCCUACACCCUCAUGGAGUACAGCGACGGCAUGGCCUUCUGUACCAGCGGCUUCCAGGGCAUGGACAUCCAACCCCCAGCUGGGCCGCUCUGGAUCCUAGGCGAUGUUUUCAUUCGCCAGUUUUACGCCGUCUUCGACCGCGGGAAUAACAGAGUUGGGCUGGCCCCUGCUGUCCCUUAAGGCAGUGCUAUCAGAUGGCAAGCAGAGCAGACCUCUGCCACCAACUUCCUGUGCAACUUUGGGCACGUCACUUCGUCUGUCUUUGUGUCUCAGUUUUCUCACCUGUAAAACGGGGCUAUGAUAAAGCCUCAAGACCUAGGCUGAACAGCACUAUGGAAAUGUAAGGUCUCUUCAGAGGCAUUUUCAUGACCACGGUAAAAAUGUCUUUGUUAAAACCAGUUUACAGAUUUUUAUUUUUUUAUUUUUAACACAAUGCAGAUUUCCAUUCAA